AUGAUGGUAAGCCAGAGCCCAGAAGAACCUGGACUGAUAUUUGGCCACCUCCUGGUGAAGCGUCUCAUGGAGGCUAUAGAAGCUCAUGAGGAACCAGAGGAGGCUAGCCAGCGAGGAGUUGAUGAGGAUUACCCUCGCCGCCCUCAAGAGCCAUCGGCCCUUCCAGGGCUCGACCCGGUGUUGCAUUCGGGUCACGGAAGGGCGGAGGUCCGCUACGGUGAGGCGCGAGUCACUAAUGGGGAUCCCCAGAUAAGUCUUGGGGAAAGAACCCAGGCGGCAGUUAAGCCGGUCCGCAAUGCCCUGGGCCUCCUCCGGGGGGAAUCCCAGAACCAUCACUUCGCUCUUAUCGAAGUUGAUGGAAUGGUUGAUUUAGUAACUAAUGAGGCUUGUCUCUUUGGGACAUUAGACGUUUGCGGUUUUACAUGUUCUAGUCCUUCUAUUUUGGACAUUCUUGUUGUCAUGGAGCUGGCUAUUUCAUUUUAUUCUAAAGCUCACAAUUUGAGAUCAGGAGAUCCGAUUAUCCUUAGCAAUCGAAGUUCUGCUUUCUGUUUGAUAAGUCAAGUUCUGAGGGAGAGAUCAGCAGCCGACUCAGAGUACCAGCCAUUGAAUGGCCUUGAUCCUACAACACAUGCAGAGUUAGCUCUGAAGGAUGCAGAGAAGGUAGUAAUUACCCACGGUAAUUCUCCUAGGCCAUAUCUUCUCAAGGCAUACACACUUAUUCUGCUGGAGCGAUAUCAGGAGGCACGUGAGUCCCUUCUGGCUGGUCUUCAAGUUGAUCCCCUCAGCCAUAUCCUGCAAACCUGCCUCAGUGAUCUGGAUAGAAAUACAAAUGCUGCAGCCGGAGCAAGAUGCCCAAGGCUAGAUAGGACUGAUGAUUUUGAGUGCACAUUGUGUUUUAAACUAUUGUUUAAACCAGUUACCACUCCAUGUGGGCACACGUUCUGUCGCUCUUGUUUACAUCAGGCAAUGGAUCACGGCAAUAAGUGCCCCAUGUGUCGGACAGUUCUUUUUAUUGGUCCAAAAACUUAUCCUAUAAGCGUAACAUUGAGCAACAUAAUUCAGAAAAAUUUCCCUGAAGAAUAUGCUGAGAGGAGGUCAGAACAUGAAAAUAUGACAUAUGCAGGCAUUGAUUUGAUGCCUCUGUUUGUUAUGGAUGUCGUAUUACCAUGCCAAAAGAUGGCACUGAACAUAUUUGAACCUCGCUACAGGCUGAUGGUAAGGAGAAUAAUGGAAGGGAAUCAUCGGAUGGGAAUGGUUGCUAUUGAUUCUGCGACGGGAACUGUAGCUGACUGUGGUUGUGAGGUGGAAAUUCUUGAGUGCGAGCCACUUCCAGAUGGACGUUUUUAUCUAGAGUGCUCGACCAAGGUCGACGUUGUCGCCAGCGUCGACGAGGUCCACGACACCACCACCACCGCCCCCUCCGAGCUCGGGGACGAUCUCAUCCUUCGGGAGGUCGAGCAACCCACAACUGCGCAGGCGACACCCUCCAUCGGCACUGCAUCCUCUACCGCCAAGGUCGUCCCUCCGGUGGCGACCACAACCGAUGUUGACCCCAGGGCCAGCAUGCAGGAACUGGAUGACUCACCAUUGCCCUACUUCAACACCUUUCCUCCAGCAGCGAGCGAGUUGGACUACAACAUCGUCCUCUUUGUCUCCAGCAACCUUACUGCACCGCCGCCAACCAAGUGCUCGGCAUAA